GCCGGAAGGAAAACGAACGUGCGAGCGCUGCGAAAAGAUGAGAGCUAGAGACAUGUUUGAUGGCUGAGUCAAAAGGGAGAACCUUAAUUUCGUGCCUGUUGUUGUCUCUUUCUUCGUGUUUCUGAGCGGUUAAACGGGCUGCUUGUGGUGUUGGUCGCCGACACAAAGAACAGAACAUGUGUGGUAUCUUCGGUUAUGCAAAUUACAACGUUGGUCGCAGUAGAGGCCAGAUCAUCAACACCCUGGUCGACGGCUUGACCAAGUUGGAGUACAGAGGAUACGAUUCCGCUGGUAUUGGUAUUGAUGGUGAGAACGACUGGAGUGAGGACUCUCCAGUAAGAGCAAUUCAAUUGUACAAGCAGGUGGGCAAGGUUUCGAACUUGAAGGAAGAGAUUAUUUCCCACCACCCGGACGUGUCCGAAACGUUUUACAGUCAUGUCGGUAUUGCACACACAAGAUGGGCCACCCACGGUGGGGUUACCCAGGUCAACUGUCAUCCACAAUCUUCUGACGAUACCAACCAGUUUGUCGUGGUCCACAAUGGUAUCAUCACCAACUAUAGAGAGUUGAAGAUGUUCCUCAAGGCCGAGGGUGAGUCCUUCAAGUCAGACACGGACACUGAAAUUAUCGCUAAGCUCUUCAACUACUACUACAAGAAGGAUCCUGAUUUAGAAUUUUACCAAUUGACCAAAGACGUUUUAUAUCAACUACAGGGCUCCUACGGUUUGAUGGUGAAAUCGGUCCAUUAUCCAAAUGAGAUCAUUGCCACAAGAAAGGGUUCUCCAUUAUUGAUUGGUGUCAAGACUGAGCAAAAAUUGAAGGUUGAUUUUGUCGACGUCGAGUUCAUCAACGACUCCGAGCAAUCGACCGAAGCAAAUGGUAGUUAUUUACCCUCGAAAGAGUACACUAACAGCUCCCUGAGGAAGUCAGAAUCGAGAGCCAUUCUACCUGAUCAUAAUAUGCCUAUUGAAUUCUUUGUUUCUUCUGAUGCCUCUUCUGUUAUUGAACACACCAAGAAGGUUUUAUUUUUGGAAGAUGACGAUAUUGCACACAUCAACCAUGGGGAAUUGCACAUUCACAGGGCUAGACAGAGUGAAGGCAUGUCAACAACUAGACCUGUUCAAACCUUGGAACUACAAUUGGCUGAAAUAAUGAGAGGGGGAUACGACCAUUUCAUGAUGAAGGAAAUCAGUGAACAACCAGACUCCACCUUUAAUACCAUGAGAGGUAGAUUGGAUUUCAAGAACAAAAACAUCAUCCUUGGUGGUAUAAAACAGUACUUAACGAGUAUCAGAAGGUCUAGAAGAUUCCAAAUGAUUGCCUGUGGUACGUCAUAUCAUUCCUGCUUGGCAGUGAGGUCGUUGUUUGAAGAAUUGACUGGAGUCCCUGUUUCCGUGGAUUUGGCCUCGGAUUUUUUGGAUCGAUCUCCACCAAUAUUCAGAGACGAUACGUGUAUCUUUGUCUCUCAGUCUGGAGAAACGGCUGAUAGUAUGCAAGUGUUGAAGUAUUGUAGGGCAGCCGGUUGUUUGAACGUUGGUGUUGUCAACUCUGUCGGUUCCAGUAUCUCACGUGAAACUGACUGUGGUGUUCACAUCAAUGCUGGACCUGAAAUCAGUGUGGCCUCAACUAAGGCAUACUCCUCCCAAUUCAUUGCACUUGUAAUGUUGGCCUUACAGAUCUCCAAUAAUGUCAUAGAUAACAAACAGCGCCAUGAGGAAAUCAUAAAUGGUUUAGAAGAAAUUCCAAGGCUCAUUUCUCAAGUUCUUGAAAAGAAAGAAGAGAUCAAGGAGAUUUCCCUCAAAUAUUUGCAUGGCAAAGAUUCGAUGUUGGUCGUUGGUAGAGGAUAUCAGUACGCUUCUUCUCUAGAAGGUGCGUUGAAGAUCAAAGAGAUUUCAUACAUCCACGCUGAAGGUGUCCAGGCGGGUGAGUUGAAGCACGGUGUCUUGGCAUUGGUUGAUUCAAACAUGCCCGUUGUUGCGUUUGCUACACAAGAUUCAUUCUCGCCAAAAGUCAACUCUGCCAUUCAGCAGAUAACAGCCAGAGAUGGCCGUCCAAUUGUUGUCAUGACCGAGGGAGACAACUUGAUCGAUAGAAGCAAGACUUCUGCCUGUAUCGAGGUUCCAAAAACCGUCGACUGUUUGCAAGGUUUGGUUAACAUCAUACCACUACAGUUGAUGAGUUACUACCUAUCCAUUGCCGCCGGUCACAACCCAGACCGUCCUAGAAACUUAGCUAAGUCUGUUACUGUUGAGUAAAGGUCUCUCCUAAUACUCAACAAUGGUUUGCAUCCUAACAGAGCUCUUUGUAGUGAAAUAUAAUAUUUCUCCAAUGCUCCUCUAUAAUAAUUAUCCGUGGCCCUUCAGCUGUGUGGCACGAACGGCGCGAUGGACUUUGUGCCCGGCCUCACCCAGCACUAUCGGUUUCUCCACUAUGUAUGCCGCCCGUUCU